AUGUCGACCGCUCCGGCUGCAGUUUUUCGUCGCUUCUCCGCUCUAGUCUCUCUGCAUCUACUCUACGUCUCAUGCCACACCGCUUUUCCUUCUUCCUGGCUGCAACUCAUGGCGGUGGCUCAUCCGUGUUCAACGCCCGCCUGUCACCUUGCUUUCCGUGUCUCUGCAGCACAGGGCUCCUCAUCGCCGAUCUUCGCGUGCGCGGCUCUGGCGUUCCUCGCAGGGCAGCGGUGUCCCUCCUGUUUUACCUUGCGGACCCUCUCAGGUGAAAAGCCCUGGAGAACCGCGCGGACGUGCAAACAACUGCCGCUGCGCACGUUUGUUGACUGCUCUCCUGCCUUCGCCGUCUCUCGUCUUGUUUUGCCAUGGCAUGGCGCCGGGGCUCUCUCCGCGCGAAGGCCUGAGCAUACGGGACGCCGCCUCAGUGUGGCUCAUCGUUUCGCGCUUCCCGCCGUGUCCACUCUCUCUUCCGCUGUCUACUCUCCGUUGUCGCGCCCGACUUCCUUUUCUGUCCGUCCGUCUCCGCGUCGUCUCCUCGGCGUCUCCGCAACGCCUGCGCGCCGCAUCUGGUCUUCGCAGCGAGCCACGAGCCAAAUACGCGCGGGGACGGCACCCGCGUGGCAGGCUUCGUUUCUCCCGGCGACGCGCGAUGGCGGGACAAAGACUGUGUUCGAUGAACGCAAAGAUGCGGCGCUGGCGGCGAUUGCUCCGCGCGAGCCUUCCCCCGAGAGUCGCUAUACUACACAAGAGGAUACCCGCAUGGUUCCUCUCUCGCUUCCUCCAGCCUCGUUCAGGCCUCCGCGGCCUCGAUUGGCUUCGUCGCGCACUGGCGAGCGAGACGAAGAUCGGCGUGGCGAUGAUAACGCCGGAAACGGAGAGGAAGGCCGCGCGGGCGCAGCGGAUAGACUGGGGCGCCCAACGGGGCACCGGCGAGACAAGUCGAGGAAGGGGAGCGUCGACGAGGAGAUUCGGCCUUUGCUGGACACUAUCAACCGUUUGAAAAACUUUUACACAGCCAGCAGCUGCGCGGGGCGCGUCCUCCUGGUUGGCACCCCGGCGCGAAGCCACGCGUCGCCUGAACAGCCGACGCCGCUGUCUCUGUCGGCUGCAAGUUCGGCGCGCUUGCCCUCGUGUUCGCCUUCAGGGUCUGCGUCGCUCUCGCAGGCUGCCUCUCCUGCGGCGCCUCGCGCGCCUGCCUCUUCCUCAGCCACUGACGCAGCGCAGCAGGAGCCUCCCGGGGCGUCGCAGAAGACGGGAGACGAGCCUGCGGAAGGGCAGCUCGGCGAAGACGGAAGAAGAAAAAAGCACUCUUUCGUCUUUCUUCUGAACCAUCACCAGACCGUAGACGCCCGCCGCCUCCUCCACGCCAUCGUGGCGUGCCCGAUUCCGUGCGACGAAAUCUGGCUGAAAGUGGAGUCCCCAAUUCUCCACAUUUGCUGCCGAUCUCUGGCGGAUGCACUGAACCUCAUGCGCGUCGCUCGGGCGUAUACACACCGUGCGGUUCUGCUGCACGCUUCGUCGCUCUCGCCGGUUUCCCCGGAAUCUGCUGAGACUCGUUCUGGCGCCUCGGCUGCCGAGUGCGCCCCGACGAAUGCCGCUUUCUCAAGUGCUGCGUCUCCGUGUCAUGGAGAGCAGAGCGAAGAACAGGAGGCGCUGCGACUCCCUGACGCGAGACGCGAGAGCGGCUUCGAGGAACGCGACGGCAGUGCAGAGCCGCGCACGGCCGCAGGCGACACGCGUAAGAGAGAGACACACGAAGCAGACGCAUCACGGCGCCGGGGGCGCGCGACGAAGGACGAGGAGAGAGGACGCGACAACGGCAGAUACAUCGUCGAGCUGAGUAAUGGCGGCCGCGUCGCUAUGCCCGUUCUCCUUGAUUCCGCGACAUGGAUUGCGCCUCUGCCCUCGCCUUUCAAAGAGCGAGCAAUGGCGCGGCAUUCAGCUGUCGACUGCGGAGGAAACGCGGGGGACGCAUGCGUGUGCAUCUCGAGCCCAGAGGCCGAAGUGCGUGGCGGACGUGGCGCCGACCAGAGUGUGACGCAGUCGCAGGCUCGUGAGAAUUUGGACAGCGUAGACACGAGGGCUGCCGAGGAUGAGCAUGUAGCAACGGGACAGGCCCGCUCGGGUGAAUCGCCGGCGGUUGGAGCGCCCAGCAGGGGUAGGCCGCAGUCCGCGGCGAGCAGCCACGCCGCAGCCCAAGCAGGUAGCGGAACUCGAGCGAGCCUCGAAGGGGCAGAUCGCGAACGAAGCCGAGGUGACCGCGGAGACGAGACAGGGAAGGAAGCGCAGGAAGACACUGUGUGGGAGCGGUGGGAGGCGCUUGCGGCAAGGUGCAACAAAGCGCUCGAGGAGAGCAGAUCGCGCUUCUUCCAGCUAGAGAAGGAGCUGAAUGAAAUGGCUGAGAGAAACUCAGGCUAA